CAAUUGAACUAGCCGCUCUAGGAAAGUGAAAGUUUCAAAAGACAAUCGUCAAGAAAUCUUCGACAUCCGCAACUUAUAGAUUUCAAAUCAGUUAUGAAACCACCAAAGAGGCCUCGUAAUGUUCCCAAAAAGGUUUCACAGCAGCCUGCAGGUCCAGCAAAGAAAUAUAGAAAAGGCAAAGUGCCGUCCACACGAGGAGCACUUUCAAAAUCACAGAACACGACAAGAACCGUACAAGUUUCUAGUUUAGCGACCGAUUCUUCUAAUUUGGCAAUUGCUAGUGGUCCAGUUAUCAGCAUUGUAUCAGACGCACAUCAGGAACCCCCAUUCGUUCCUUUCAGGAUUCAAGAUGAAAUGGAUACAGAAAGUCCAAAUGGUAACGCGGGAGACGCACUGGACAGACCAAGGGGAGCUUGGAUACCUCCCAAUCCACAACCUGGCCCCAGCGGGAUGAGUCCAGCAAACAACAACCUUGGUUCAAAAGCUAUUUGGUUCGUCGGAUCUUCAAUUGUAUAUUGGGCACAGACAAAUGCAAAAACGAGACACGGGGGCCCAAACAUUGGUCUUCAAAGCAGAGGGGUGUACAUACGCUGGUUUGGAAAAAGGGGUAUGUUGUGGAAUGAUUUUAAUGCCAAAGUAUUACACGCAGUUGAAAAAUUUUCUCCUCCCGCCAUGAUAGUCAUUCAGCUUGGUUCCAAUGAUCUGGUAAAAGUUAAAACCUUGGAACUUAUCCAAAAUAUUGUAAGGGAUAUUUUGCGUCUACAUUUACUUCUACCUAACACUCGCAUCGUAUGGAGCGAAAUGCUAAUGCGAAGGUAUUGGCACGGUGCUACAGAUGGAAAAGCUAUUGAAAGAUCUCGCAAACGAGUAAACUCGGCCAUUAACAAUUAUGUCUUGAAUGAUGGGCACUGUAUUAUUCAGCAUCCCAAUAUCCGAGCUCAAGAGUUGAACUUGUAUAGAUAUGACGGAACUCACUUAUCCGAUAUUGGUUAUAAUAUAUACUUGAACAACAUACAGGGGGGUAUUGAAACUUUCCUGUCAUCUCCAAAAAUUCGCCGUUUCCCGGAGGUCUAAUUUGGAAUAGCAUUUCUUAUGGUUUUUAAGGGAUUAAGAGGAAAUAAAGGGGGGGGGGAUUUAAUGAGUGCGUAUAGACACACUCAAGUGGCAAGAUUAAGGGGUCAUGAUCCGUUCCUGUAUUGUACGUCGGAUCAUAUUAGUUUUUUACUUUCCUGCGCUACCGCAGGAAGUUCUGUUGAGACCAUCUCAUGUAUACCAUGAGUGGCCGGUUCUGAAUUGGUACCAGUUCGAGCUUAACUGUGUUAUGAUCUAGAAAUUGUUAAAUUGUUAAUCUUUACUCCCCUGAAACCAGGGGGUGAUGCGAAUAAGACCCGACGUAUUUGGGGAUCAUGGCCCUCGUUCUCUUUAGAAUUUAACCUGGAGGAACUUGAGCAUCCAUUGCUACCAAUGGUGCACAGAUUUGUCAGUUAAAACAAUCAUGUCGUCAUUCUGUUAUCAUGUCAGACCUCGUCAUUCAAAGUGAACUGUGGCCAUUAAUUCCACAUUAUAAAUUGUUGUUUGUUAUGCUUUGCCUUAAACUUGAUUCUUUAAUUAAUAAGGUUUAUCACUUUUAAGAUAAACCAAUUUAAUGAAAGAGAUUUUAUUAAUAUAUGUAUUUUCCGUAAAUGACAUUUGUAUCAUUCCGAUCCGCAUUUUGCUUGCGGCUUAUAAACAUCACGUGACUCAGCCACACAAUUGAACUAGCCGCUCUAGGAAAGUGAAAGUUUCAAAACCCACCCACCUCCCCCCACAAUCUACCAACAAUUACUUGUGUCUGCUGCUGUUUUAUUCAUUUUUCAGGCUGUGCAGAGAGAAGUUUGAACAUAUACUACGUUGUUGGACGAAAUAAAGAUGACUAAACUAAGCCGAUGGAACUGCUUGCCGAACAAACUUUUGAGAACUUCGUAUUCUAAAUUCGAGUGAGUUUUAUACAGUUUUACCAGGACAAACAGCCACCAGCAAUGGGAUUGGAACAAUCAGUAUGAUUUUAGUUUAUCCACCUGGAACACACAUAGAACUUUAAAUUUUGUUAUGAACUUUCAGAGUUUAUAUCUCAAAUAAUAGUAUAAUUGUUCAUUAUAUGGUAAUAAAAUGUUUUGUCACAGUAAAAGGUUGUUUGGCGGGGUCUGGCAAGAUUAAGGGGUCAUGAUCCGUUCCUGUAUUGUACGUCGGAUCAUAUUAGUUUUUUACUUUCCUGCGCUACCGCAGGAAGUUCUGUUGAGACCAUCUCAUGUAUACCAUGAGUGGCCGGUUCUGAAUUGGUACCAGUUCGAGCUUAACUGUGUUAUGAUCUAGAAAUUGUUAAAUUGUUAAUCUUUACUCCCCUGAAACCAGGGGGUGAUGCGAAUAAGACCCGACGUAUUUGGGGAUCAUGGCCCUCGUUCUCUUUAGAAUUUAACCUGGAGGAACUUGAGCAUCCAUUGCUACCAAUGGUGCACAGAUUUGUCAGUUAAAACAAUCAUGUCGUCAUUCUGUUAUCAUGUCAGACCUCGUCAUUCAAAGUGAACUGUGGCCAUUAAUUCCACAUUAUAAAUUGUUGUUUGUUAUGCUUUGCCU